AACGGGACGCCUGCCCUGUUGUGGGUGUGUGAAACGUAGAGAGACUGAGCGGUAACUCAUCAGAACUUCAUCAGAACUUCAUCAGAACUUCAUCAACAGCGGAGAUAACUCGACGAUACGUCCGACAUCUUGAAGUUUACACAAUGCUGCUGAGUCAGAGAAGAACAAGAUGUCGGGAGCUCACGGGACCGACGCCUCAUUCAGUCGCUGUGAGAGCAAAGUUCCCGUCCCGGAGGCCGGCGGACCACCUGAUCCUGGACAGACAGAAGCAGGACGUCGCCAGGGAGGAGGUCCAGAGCUUCGCCCGGCACCAGCAGAGCUCCGACAGGAAGACUACGUGGCUGCAGACGUCUGAGAGACGCUUCCUCAGAGGGACCAUCGAGAGACAAGUCCGGGCCGCGCUGGACCAGCAGGAAGUCCACCUGGACCAGAGGAGGGACAGGCUGCGCGUGCUGCUGCAGGCGGAGGAGCAGCAGCUGCUGCAGGAGAUGGAGGACAAGAUGGAGACGUCGGUGGAGAGACAGGCGAAGAUGAGACAACGAGCGAAAGCUCUGAGACAGCGGAGAGAGACGGAGAGACAGCGCAUCGUCUCAGAGAAGAUGGAUCAGCUGUUCAGGGACCAGUGUGAGGAGCUGCGGGCGGUGCAGAGCCGGCGGAGGGAGCAGGAGGUGUGCGUGGAGCGGGAGGCCCAGGUGGAGACCCGGCUGCAGCAGCAGCAGCUCCAGCAGCAGGAGGAUCAGCUGUUUGCCGAGCUGUGGGAGGCCGACCGGCGAGCCAAAGACCUGAAGGCAGCGCAGGACACGCAGCAGCGGCAGGACCGGAACCUGGAGACGCGGGACGCCAUCAGGACCCAGAUGGAGGCCGCGGAGCAGCAGAGACGGAGACACAAAGAGCUGAGAGAGGAGGAGGCCGCGCUCAUGCUCCAGCAGCAGCAGAUGCAGCAGCUGCAGCUGCAGCGUGAGCACCAGCUGAGCCUGCAGCAGCAGCAGCAGCGCCGCCGGCAGCUGGAUCAGGGUCUACGGCUGAAGAUGAAGCGUCUGGCCCGGGAGCAGCAGGACCAGCUGCAGCUGGACAUGAGCAUCCUGCAGACGCUGCUGCAGCAGGACACGGACCAGAGACAGGAAGCAGCUCACAGGAAGAUGGAGCUUCGCGAGGAGCAGCGGCGCUACCGCGAGUAUUUAUCAGCGGAGCUGGAGAAGCAGAAGAGGGAGGAGGCAGAGACGGAGCAGCUGAUGGAGGAGAAACUGAAGGAGGUGUGGAGCAGACGGGCGGAGCAGAGCCGGCUGCAGAGAGAGGCCAGAAACAGGCUGAUGGAGGAAGUGAUGGAGGCUCGCAGGCUGCAGAUACAACACAAACUGGAGCGACACUGCAGAGUCAGGUGGAGUUGUCCAAAGAGAGAGACGAUCUGAACAGAGCGGUGGAAGAGAUGAAGGUGAUGGAGGACGAGUAGAAAAGACGCCUGCAGCUUGCAGCAGAGUCCUACCGCUCCGACCUCCAGUCCCAGGUGAGACACCGUCUCUGCUCCAGCUCCAGCAGAGGGCCCAGGAGGGAGAGGGAGCACCAGCAGGGUCUGGUCCAGCAGCAGGAGUACCAGCGCAAGAAAGACCACUUCCUGUCCAGACCCGCGUCCCACACCCCCGGCACCGCCGUCCAUCCGUUCAGACAGGCAGACAGGUCCAGGUCUGCCCCCAGACCCCCCACACACGAGGCUCCUUAAGACCUCUAAAUCAGAGCUUUGACGGCCAAUCAGAGGGCUUCAUAUAAAACAUUAAAGAGCAGUUAAUACAGUAAUACUGAUCUGAAAUCCUUUAACUGUGUAGAUCAUGUACAUAUACACACUCCUUAUACUUCUUAAUUCAUAUUUCUACAGAGAGAGACCAUGCUGUAUGUCUAUUUAAAUUGUGACUGGUGUGCCGUCUUGUCCCGGAGGUUUCUGUCUCCAGGGACUUCCUGCUUAAAUAAACAAAAUAAACUGACCGUCUCCGUCCAAAACGCCACGGCAACGUCACGGACGCUACGUCAUUUACACCGUCCGUGUUACAAGAUGCUGCGUCAACACCAACGAACCGAGGGAUAAACCCAACAACUCAACAACUCCAUCGGUCCAGCUGCUGAAUCAGAACAAAUUCACUUAAACCUGAUCAUUUUGUGUCAGAGUGACCGGGACACUUUGGUUUUCUUUUUUUUUGAGAACGUCUUCAUUAAGUUUCCAACACACCACAGAAGAAGACAUUCAGUACAGAAUGAAGCCUCUUAGCCCAAAACCACCACCAGACAACAGACAAGUAGUUAUUAAUAAAUAAAAUAAAAGCUGUUUUGCACACCGAGGCGUAUUUAACUCGUGUAAUAUCUUCCCUUAAAAGGGACAGUUCUGGGUUUUAAGGCCUGAACUGGAACUUCUGACUGAUUGAAGCGUUAGAUGACAGAGAAGGGACACAGUUGUCUUUCAUAAGGGUAUUUGUCCUGCAGCAAGCAUUGGUUUGCAGUGUUUUUAUACUUGUUGUACUGUAUAACGUGUACUAUGGACCAGUGUCUGCAGUACAGCUUUGUUAUUGGACCUCUGGGGGUAACAACAGGACCUCUGGUCUGGGUCUGGGUCUGGGUCUGGGUCUGGGUCUGGGUCUGCAGCAGCCGCUUCCACCUAGAAAGAAGAAAGUUAGUCACUUACACACUAAGCCAGGUGGAACCCUUAAAUGUGUCAGAGACGCAGUACUUGUACCUGUAAAGCAGGUAUUCUGACCUGGAGUAGUUAGGUAAUUGUUUUCAAAGGGAGGAGGAAGACGUUGCAUGAAGUGUUUUUAUUGUGAAAGAGCCCUCGUCAUCAGGAAGUGUUUUUAUUGUGAAAGAGCCUUGGUCAUCGCCGGUGUUGGUCUGCUG